AUGAACUUCAUAACACAAGAACAUGCCAAUCGCUUGCAGCUUAAAGAACGAUCACUUGAGAUCUCCGUAGCGGGAAUCAUGGAAGGAACAGUUCAAGCAAAUAAGUUUGUUAAUGUAUGCGUCAAAUCGCGAUUCAAUAAUUUUAGCGACAACAUAGAUUGUGUAAUAUUACCUAGGAUAACCCAAAACUUACCUCAGAACUUUAUACCCAUGCAAAAUGUGUUUAUUCCAAAUAAUAUAAAAUUAGCAGAUCCUAAUUUCAAUGUACCCUCAAGCAUUGAUAUGCUGAUAGAUGCAGAACUAUUUUGGCGAAUCAUGUGCGCGGGUCAGAUCAGACAAUCUAAUAAUGUACCAAUUCUACAAAAAACACAUUUUGGAUGGAUUAUUUCAGGCGUUACGACAAAUUUCACAGCUAAACCAACUCCUCAGGUUAGUUUUCAUUCAACGGCAAUAGAUGACCUAAGUAAUAUACUAAAUCGAUUUUGGGAAGUUGAGCACAACAUAGCACAACAACAAUUUCCAAGUGAACAACAAGCCUGCGAAAAGUUGUUUCUAGAAGGCGUAAGGCGAAACGAGGACGUUUCGUCGUCACACUCCCAAUAA